AAAAAAAAAACUAGUUUCUAUGAUACUGAAUGUGCUGUAGGUUCUCUGGUUCCUCCGCCUUACCAUCAGAGCACCUCUGGCGAAGUCGAUUCCGGCGAGCGAACCGAGUUACCGUCAACGUCGCUGGCAAGGUUCAUGCUGCUGAAACCUCUUUGACUUUUCCAAUUAAGCAUUUGUUUUACUGUGUCAAUGAGAGGCAACAUUGGAAUAAGGAUCCCAAACCCCACAAUUUCAAAUGCCACCAGAAGAACGCUAGUUGCAUUUUCUACAUCUUCAGGUUUUGGUGAUGGCGGACGUGGUCGUGGUCGUGGAGGCUCCGUCCCUGGUUCAGGCCCGUUCAAGUUCAAUGAAAGAGCUCCUGGUAAGCCUAAUUCCAGUGAGCCCAAAUCUGACAUGACAGAGUCACCCAUUCCUCCUGGUUCUGGUCAUGGCCAUGGCCGUGGCAAGCCAAUGCCUCCGCCAGGUCUUCCUUCUUUCUCAUCAAUUUUAUCUUCCAUAAAUCAGCCACACGUUGGUCGGGGCCGGGCUACUGUGCCCCACCAUCAAAAUGAUUUGCAAUCACCUGCUGGUCGUGGCCGGGGUAUUGUACCUCAACCUCCAAAUGAUUUGCGGUCACCUGCUGGUCGUGGCCGAGCUACUUUACCUCAACCUCCAAAUGAUUUGGCGCCACCAGAUUCUGGACCCAAAAAUCCCAUUUUAUUCAAAAGAGAGGAAAAUGCUUCUCCAACAACGAGAGAUGGUUUUCCUAUUGAUGUUGAGCAUGUUAACAAACUUCCAGGCAACAUACUAGAGGUGUUGUCUGGACUUGGAAGGGGGAAGCCCAUGAAACAGCCAGAUCCGGAAACGCAAGUUAGAGAAGAGAAUAGGCAUCUUCGCGCUCGGCCAGCUCGUGGUGCAGCUGCCUCUGACACUUUGCCUGAGAGACGGGCAAUACCAGCCCGGGAUGAUGCAGUGAGGAAUGCACGGAAAUUUUUGUCACAAGGUGAGGAUGAUGGAAGUGGCACAGGAAGAGGAAGAGGGUUUAGGGAGAGAGGUGGGCUUGGCCGAGGCAGGGGCAGAGGAAGAGGCAGAGGUCGAGGCAUAGGAAGAGGAGGGUUCAGAGGGAGGGAUGUAGAUGAAAGACUUGGUCGAUUCAGGGAUGCUGAAGAUUCCUAUGCUACAGGGUUAUAUGUCGGAGAUGAUGCAUGUGGUGAGAAAUUAGCCAAAAAGUUUGGGCCAGAGAUAAUGAAUCAGUUAACUGAAGCAUUUGAGGAGAUGACUGAUAGAGUUUUGCCAUCCCCAUUAUACGAUGAGUAUUUGGAUGCAUUAGACAUCAAUUAUGCCAUUGAAUUUGAGCCAGAAUAUUUGGUGGAAUUUGAUAAUCCAGAUAUUGAUGAGAAGGAACCAAUUCCACUUCGGGAUGCACUUGAGAAGAUGAAACCAUUCUUGAUGGCAUAUGAGGGAAUUCAAAGUCAGGAAGAGUGGGAGGAAAUAAUGGAAGAGACGAUGGCUCGAGUUCCAUUGUUGAAAAAGAUUGUUGAUCACUACAGUGGACCAGAUAGGGUAACUGCAAAGAAGCAACAACAAGAAUUAGAAAGAGUUUCUAAAACUCUUCCCGAAAGUGCACCAUCUUCAGUGAAACAAUUUACUAACCGUGCUGUUGUCUCUCUUCAGAGCAACCCAGGCUGGGGAUUUGACAAGAAAUGCCAUUUCAUGGAUAAGCUGGUUUGGGAAGUGUCUCAGCAUUACAAGUAACUUACUCUGCCUUUCAAGCUUAAACAUGGUGGGUUUUUGUGGUAUACGAUAUCCAUUGUAAUGUGGACAAAUCAUCUGAGCUUCUUGCAUGUCAAAUUUUGUUAACUUCAGCUUUGAUUAAAAAACUCCUAUAACUCUUGCAAUAAUAUGAAUUAUAGUUAUCUUUUAGUCUUGUUGCUA